AUGGGAGGAGAGAUGUUGGACAUUGAUACAUUUAUAUUCGAUAUGCAAAAGGAUAUUGCGAGGAUGACAAAGGAGUUGGAAGUCGCCAAUGAUUCCUGUGUGGCAUCCGAAGCCAGAGUACAUUUGGAUGGCGCGACGCCAUCUUCUACAUCUACUUCAUCAUCACGUCCAAGAUUUGGAAGUGUAAAAGGAUUGGACAGCAGUUUACCAUUUCUGGAGCAGGCCAUUGGAGAUGGUGCCGAUACCAACAGCAAUAACAACAAUGUAUUGCUAGAGUUCCUGUCACAAUUAAACGAAGGAUCCAACAGCAUUAGACUUAAAACCAAGUCAGCGCUUGCCCAAAACAACUUUAACCAGUGGGCAGUCUCUGGAAAUAACGUCAGUACUGUCAAUCCAUCCCAACAACAAAAUACAACAAACAGUGGAUUGAAUGGAAUCAAUCCAGAACUGUACAAUACUGUUUCGGCAAUGUAUGGAAAUGACGUUGUCAAUGUAUUUGCAGAGUGGCGAGCGUUGAUAGAUGAGGAGAUCACAGAAAUAUAUACUUUGGUCAAGGACCUGAAGAAACAAUGCUGCAACACUUGGAAUUCCAGACCAUCAAGUGCCAGCGAUACUAUAUAUCCUCCAUAUCUUGCCAGCAGGAUUAAAUGUCCAGAACUAUAUAUGCACAACAAUACCUUUACCAAUAUAUUACAGUUAAAGAAUGAUAUUGAACCAACCAAACCUCAUCCAAAUCAAUCACAACAACCUAUUAUACAUUUACCAACUCCACCAUUAUCCAAAGCAUGCUCACAUCCAGACCUGAGUGCUCAUAUGUCCAAUGGAUCACUGUCCAAGGCAUAUUCGCAACCAGACCUGCCUGGAAUUUUGGGUCUGAAGGGUAGUAGUAGUGGCGGAGGUGUCAGUGCCAAUAUUAUACCGACUGCCUCAACGUCAAAGAUGGGCUUGGAGAGCGCAUCAUCAUCAACCUGCCAAUCCAAAUCUACAACACCAGUGUCAUUGUCGCCAGCCGACUCACCUGUAAAUGCCAGAAGAUCAAGUCCAGAGAGACGACAACUUAGAAUGACAGUGGAGACACCCGAUACAAAACCAAGCAUCAUUAUCAAUAAGGCUAAUGGCCGAGCCAAGCUGGACCUGUCACCGACCAAGGUCACUACCAACAUCUUUGACAUCAAACCUCUCUCUGUACUCGGACCCAAGAGCACGCCACCCAGGAGUAGCAGUUGUAGUAGCAUUAUCAGCAGUAGCAACAGCAGCCAGAGUAGUAACAGCAGAGGAUUGUCGUUGAAGAACCCAGAGGAGAUGGAGGGAGUUGUUCGAACAUGGAUACAGAAGGUGCUAAAGUGCGAGUUGAAGGAUCUUGGAUCGCAUUUGCCCAACGCCUCACCUUUGGGUCACCACCUACGCUCUGGAGUGAUUCUAUGCCAACUGAUCAAUGCAUUGACCGAACCCAAUCGCAUACGGAAGAUCAAUCAUACACCAAUCGCUUUCCAACAGAUUGAGAACAUUGACAACUUCCUCAAAGCAGCCACGGCACUCGGUGUGGACAAGCGCGAGACAUUCUUCUCAACAGAUUUAUCCAACCUGUCCAACAUGAACAUGGUCAUGUCUACUAUAUAUUCAUUGGCUCGAGCUACCAAUCAUUUGGAUGAACUAAGGACUAUAGCGGCUGCCACUUCUGGGGUUACUCCUUCAUCGAUGAACUUAAUAACAGUUCUUCAACAGGCGGCUACAGCAGGUCAACAACCUCAGGCAUGA